AUGCGAACCGUCAUCUCCACCGACUACGUAGUCACAGACCGAGCGGGUGUCAUUGAGAAUCGACACGCCUUGCACGCCGCCAUCGUCGAUGGCAAUGGUCGUCUCUUAUACAGCGUCGGUGACCCAUCGCGAGUCACACUAGCCCGAUCUGCCACCAAGCCUGCACAAGCAUUGGCUAUUAUUGAAACAGGCGCACUAGAGAAAUUCAAUCUCGACGAUGCAGACCUCGCCUUGAUCUGUGCAUCUCACAGCAGUGAAGAGCGACAUAUUUUGCGGGCGCGAAACAUUCUCGAUAAAGUUGGCGCUCAUGAGGAAGAUCUCCGGUGUGGAGGACAUGCUCCUGUCUCUAGAGAAGUGAACCGCGCUUGGAUCAAAGCGGAUUUCACCCCGAGUGCGAUCUGCAGUAAUUGUUCCGGCAAGCAUGCUGGCAUGAUUGCUGGAACGAAGGCUCUCGGUGCUGAUGUGCAGACUUAUCAUUUGCCCACGAAUUUGAUGCAAUGUAAAGUAAGAGAGGCCGUGGAUCAGGUAUGCCGCCUUGGUGAGGGCGAAUCGAUGUGGGGACUUGAUGGGUGCAAUCUUCCUACGCCAGCGUUUCCAUUGCAUCGUCUGGCUUGCAUGUACGCUGUUUUUGCUGCCGGGGCAAGCGGGGACAGUACUGAUUCCAAAGACUCAACGACACGCUCAUUGAGCCGAAUCUUCAACGCCAUGUCUCGUUAUCCAGAGCUGGUCGCUGGUGACGAGAGAUUUUGCACAAUCCUGAUGACAGCGUUUGAAGGACUUCUCAUUGGCAAGCUUGGCGCCGAUGGCUGCUAUGGUAUUGGAGUUAAAGAAUCAGAACAGACCAAGAAGCUUGGAUCAAAUGGCGCGCUUGGUAUUGCUGUGAAGGUUGAGGAUGGAAAUAUCGACAUUCUGUAUUUGGCGGUGGCGGAGAUCUUGGAGCAGCUCGGGAUCGGAGAGCCACGAAUGAGACAGUCUCUUGCUCAGUUCCACACCCAUGAGAUCAAGAACACUGUGGGUAUUGUUACAGGACAUGUCUCGCCUCAGUUCAAGCUGCGGCCUGCGUCAUGA